AUGCCUGAUCCAAUCGAUCGUUUAACUGAUUCGGUAACUAAUGGCCUCGCAAUUGCAGCGUUAUUUUCAAAAGAAGCAGCGGUAGUAGCCGACUCUUUGGGACCAUUCAUUCCAUUAAUAUCGGAAAUAACGCAUAUAAAAUUUACGAAUUUAACCGAUGAAUUUGAUGGAUUAAUGCGCGUGUUAAAUUUUACUAUGGCUGUACAAAAUCAAAUUCAAAUGGAGGAAGAUCAUAAAGUAUUAAUAUCGGAUGUGAAGGAAAUGAAUAAAUAUUUGAAGACAAUUGAGGGUGGUAUUGUCAAUGAUUUGAAAGAGAUUAAUGCUUCGUUAGAUGAUAUCACUCAACUUAAUAUUGCAUGGCAAAAAAGAGUUUUACAAGAGGAUAAUAAUGUUUUAGAAUCCGCAACGAUUAAAAUGACGGAAAUUCAUGAUCCUCACGAGACAGUAAAACGAGGAACAAAGGCGAAACUUGCCAACUUUACAUUAAGUCGUGGAUUUAAUGAUCCCACUAAAAAUAUGAUGCCUACGAUUGAUACAGUUAGAUGGAUGGCACCGGAAAAGUUGAAAGAUCAUAGAAAUCUUUAUACGGCUAAAUGUGAAAUUUACAGAAAUCUUAUCGUACAAGAAAAUAUUCGUCCGUCAUUUAGUAAUACAAUUCCACCUGAGUGGGUUAAAGUUACUUAUCAAGCAUUACAGGAUAGUCCAAACGCACGUCCUCCGCUCAGAGAUAUGUUUAUGACGCUUAAUCAUCUUUAUAGCAAAUUUGCACCUUCGCCAUCUUCACGACCUAAUUCAUCACGAUAUCCGACAGAUGAUGAUUUACCGAGUGAUGAUGAGCUUGACCUUGCUAUUGAAGAUCUUUCUAUCAGCGUUUUAACUGUUAGAGAAGCUAUAUUAGAACAUAAAAAGAAAGAUGGCGAUAAAGUAAAGUCCUGGGAAAGUUUUAAAUAUCAUGCUGAAGAAUUUAACGAUAUUACAGCGAGGUAA